AUGUCAGAAACAAUUAUUGAGAAACUGUCUUUGAUUGUUAAUGAAACAUUUAAUCAAUAUCAUAAAAGUUUUCUUAUUAUAAGUGGAACUGUAUUAACAGGAUGGUUAUAUAAUAAAUAUUGGAUAAAUCGUCGAUUAUUUUCAAGUUGUCAAUCAAUGGAAGGUAAAACAGUAUUAAUAACAGGUGGUAAUACUGGUAUUGGAUAUGAAACAGCUAAAGAUCUUCUUCAAAGAGGAGCUCGUGUAAUAAUAGCAUGUCGAAAUGUUAAUAAAGGAUAUGAAGCUAUUCAUAAACUUAUUAAUGAAAGUGGAUGUUCAAAAUCAAAUAUUCGUGUAAUGGAAUGUGAUUUAUGUUCAUUUGAUUCAGUUAGAAAUUUAGCUAAAUUAUAUAACGAAGAAGAAGAUCGAUUAGAUAUACUUAUAUGUAAUGCUGGUUUGGGUUAUUCAUCAACAAUAAUAACUAAAGAUGGUUUUAAUCCGGUUAUUCAAACAAAUUAUCUUUCACAUUUUUUACUUACAAAUCUUUUAUUAAAUAAAUUAAAACAAUCAAAACCAAGUAGAAUUAUAAAUAUUUCAUCUGAUCUUCAUAAAGCUGUAAAAUCCAUCGAUUGGUCAGAUGCAUUGACACAAUUUCAUAAAACAAGUCUUUUUGGUUCAUAUGCACCUUCAAAAUUAUUUCAAAUCUUAUCAACAUAUAAAUUAAAACAAGAUUUACUUGAUAAUGAAAAUAUCAAUUCAUUUUCCUUAACACCUGGAUUAGUCUCAACAUCAAUAAAAGAUCCAAUGGAAGAAUCAAUUAAUUUCUUUACUUCUAUUUUCUAUUAUCCAUUAUUUUAUUUAAUGAAAUUUCUAUUUUCUAAAACACCUCAAUCUGGUGCACAAACAUCAAUUUAUUGUACUAUUCAAUCUCAUUUACAAAAAUCAAAAGAUUUAUAUUUUGAAAAUUGUACCGCUGUUAAAUCAUCUCCAUUAACUAUGGAUCCAUUAUUAGCUGAAAAAUUAUGGACAAUUAGUUGUCAAGCUGUUGGAAUUUAA